AUCUUCAGCUACUUACCUGAUAAGCUGUGAGAGAAUAGUUACAUCAGGCUGUUGUGCUGUCACCUUCAGUGCCUGGGCUUUACGAAAAGGACUGUAACGUGUGAUGUCUAGCAGAGGACUGUCAUUGAUAUAAGAGAUCUUUUCCAGCUCAUUGUUGCUUUGAUGAUGGACGUGCCAUAAGGAGGUAGAUUCAUUAUGUACAAUGGCAGCAAAGAGCAAGUUGGUGUUUGGCUGAGCUCUUCUAUUUAUUAUAUGACAAAAUAAAUUGAAGCCAGUUUUCCCUUUGUGGAGAUAAAUAAUUCUUGCUGUCCCAGCCCUAGUAUGAUUUCCAUUUUUAACUCUCCAGUAAAACAUAAAAAAUGUGGUUUUACAUGACCUGAUUGAUACCAUUCACGCAAAAUGCACCAGGACCAGAGCUGCUUGAAACAGUAUGUGCCUGUGAUGGAUGGGAAUGCAGAAGAGGUGACAACAGUCCUCCUCAGUGAGGUUAGAAACCUUCUUGCAGCAGUGAAAGCAUGUUCCUGCUAAAGGAUCUCAGGAAAUGCACUGGCUCUGCCUUCUAGGCAAACUAGGAUAAUUGAGUGUGGGUAAAGCUUUUUGCUGGCAAAUGUGGUGUUCCUUUUUAGCAUGAUAAAUCAUUUUCAUAUUAAAAGCUGGAGUAAGACUCAGAAUCCUAAAACUCCUUUUGUACCAAUCUUGGUGCCCUUGCACAUGGCUGGGGUGACGCACAGUUGUCAGCGAGCUCAGUCGUGGGAGGAUUAAGCCAAUAGUCCCUGCUGUUAUUGCUGCAGGGAACCUCAGGCUAUGGCAAGGCUCUUUUACACUGGGGAGUAAAUCACAUUAGCUGGUUUAUGCACCAUUAUUGUAAAGUGGAUUCUCAUUUGAGAUACUGAGUGGCUUUAUUCCUACCUGAGCAGAGAGGUGGUCUUUUCCCCUUGCUCUGUUUUAAUAUUGCCCCUUUCUUAUCCCAGAGAAGGGGCAAAAAUGAAUAUUUGGCAGUCACUGGCUUGGAUUUUUCAGCAGAAUGCCCUUAGUGAACCUCACAGAGGUUGCUGCAGAUGAAGUCCCCAGAGAUUUUGUCUCUGUAUAUUCUUGUGUAGUCACAGCAUUGAAAGAAAUUGUCAUUCUUUAAUAGCAAGUUUGCCAAGAAAAUACGGUUAUUGUUGAUUCUAAUUUUUUUUUGUGGUGUUUUUUUCUGACUUUCAGAGCUUACCUUUGAAGCCCUAGAUGAGUUCACUGGGUUUAACUUGUGUUUAAAACACUUGGAUACCAAACACAAACCAGCAGUGACUUUGCUGUUAGUGGUUUUCUCUUACAGCACUGUUCACUCUUGAGUGUUUGUGGGGGGAUCAUGCAUGCACCUGUAAGGGGACACACGUGAGGCUGUGGUGGCUCCAGGUGUCUAAUGCUGAGGCAGCAAAGCUAACAAAGACAUUGCUGUUGGAUAGGCAAAUGAGGUGCUUUGCCCCUCUGAGCAGCGCUUUCCCAUCCUCUGGAGCUGAAUGCAGUUCACGGGGAAGCUGCUGGUUUCAUAAUACAGCUCCAGAGAAAACACCGUCCCACAGAAGCAGGAGGGAGGAGUCGGAGAGUGUUGCCAAGGUCAAAAGGAGGUUUUAAGCAUGAUUUCAAAAAAAAAUGAAGAACUGUCAAGACAAUGACACCAAGAUGCUUUUGAGGCAGCAGGAGCAGCAGAGGAGAAAUUUUGUCAUUAAUGACAUUUUCUGGAUUGUUUGUAAAGUGCAAAACCUAAAGAGAGAUGGCUGUAGGUCUGUGACAGCAACAGGUCCCAGAAGGUGUUGAGAAAAGGAAGGUAAAUGUGACUGGUGUUCUGAGACAAAUCUGUGUUGUCCUGAAGGGAUGGUUAAUUUACUUGAACAGCUCAGAAUGAGCUAAUGUUCCGCUAGAGGAGGUAUUUCAAAGUCACAGGAGCUGUGCUGGUUCUUCAAUAGUGUGGUGUCGUGAUUCACACAAUAUAUAGUGACACAGGACUGUCGCUGCCUCACCACUGCCAUACUGGAGUGGUACUGGACUAUAUUUGUACCCUUUAGUUACGCCUGUUACUGUUUCAGCUUGUGUCAUCACCCGGCACAGACAGGGUGAGGCAUGCCUGUUAUUUGGGGAGAAAAAUGCUGCAUCUGCAGUUACUGCAAAUGCUUUAACAACUCCCACUGGCAUUGCUUCUUGCUCAUGUUUGUGAUGUUCAUUGGAUUGUAUGAAAACAUUGGGGUGCUGGUGGAAUGAUUUUGGGUGAUUAUUGGGUGAUGUUUCAUAAUUGACUAAUCUUUCUACUUCCAGGAAAGUAAGAACUUAAAAAAAAAAAUUGAAUUAUAUUUGAGCCAGGCCUCUUAUAGUGGAGAGAAUAUAGUUGUGACAUACAUAACAUGUAAAUUUAACAUGAGUUUAAGCAAGCUGUUUGGAUUACUGUUUUACUAAACCUCUACAUGGAUUUUUAUUACAAAAUGUAGCCUGCUUUCUGAAUACUGAGAAAAAACUGAGUUUAUCCUAUUACAAUGCCUUUUAUCUUUAAUUAUCUUUUUUUCUUUUAAGAUUUCUGCAAUUGAGUUUCAAUUUCUGUUACACAGAUUCUUAUGGUAAUCCCUUUGAUGCAGCAGAGCUUCCCAUUGAGCCAUGUUGCUGAAGAUCACCUUGUCUUCUGGAAGCAGAAACACAAUGAACAGAUGAAUCCCUUCAGCCAGAUAUUACUCCAGUAGGUCGUCUCCUCCUCAUGGAGCACACAGGCAGAGAGGAGAUGGACUUGAAAGAGGAAAGUCCUCAGAUGUGGACUGAGUCUGGAGGACAGGAACAGAACACUGCUCAGGUGCACUUUGUCCCCGAGGGGGGGGCAGUGGCCCAGAUCAUGUACAGUGACGAGCAGGAGCGCGGCCCUGCACAGCAGGUGGUUUACACAGCUGACGGCACCUCCUACACCUCUGUGGACACCUCGGAGCACACCCUCGUUUACAUCCACCCUGUGGAAGCUACGCAGACUCUGUUUACAGAUCCGUCCCAAGUGGCUUACGUCCAACAGGAUGCUACCACCCAGCAGGUAACGGUGCUCUUGCCUGCUGCUGCUGCUCAGAGCAUGAAUCCCACCAACCUGUCUGUGCUCGGCAGCGUUGCUGACCCCCCCCAGCCAGUGGCUCUGGAACAGGGGCCACAAGCAGAUAGAGCAUCAUUACCGGUGCAUAACCAAGUGUUACCUCCUAUGGAGGCUGUGGAUGGUUCUGAUUCUUUAGCACCUCUGCAGAAUCAAAUGGAAAGGAUAGAAACAAAAGAGGAAGAUGAUGAGGAUGAAGAUGAGGAUGAAGAUGGGGAAGACACUGACAUGGAUGAGUGGGAUCCAGAUCCACCUCGACCCUUUGAUCCCAAUGAUUUGUGGUGUGAAGAGUGUAAUAACGCACAUCCCUCAGUGUGUCCAAAACAUGGACCUUUGCAUCCCAUUCCAAACCGGCCUGUGCUGACCAGGGCGAGGGCCAGCCUUCCCCUGGUGCUCUAUAUAGACAGGUUUUUGGGAGGUGUGUUCUCCAAAAGGCGCAUCCCAAAGCGUACACAGUUUGGGCCUGUGGAAGGACCUCUGGUCAGGCAGACUGAGCUCAAAGACUGCUAUAUCCAUUUGAAGGUUUCUCUUGAUAAGGGUGACAGAAAAGACAGAGACUUGCAAGAGGACUUGUGGUUUGAGCUGUCCAGUGAGGCUCUGUGUAACUGGAUGAUGUUUGUGCGUCCAGCUCAAAAUCACCUGGAGCAGAACCUAGUGGCCUAUCAGUACGGCCACCACAUUUAUUACACCACCAUUAAAAAUGUGGAACCCAAGCAGGAACUCAAGGUGUGGUAUGCUGCCUCCUAUGCCGAAUUUGUGAACCAGAAGAUCCAUGACAUAACUGAGGAGGAAAGGAAGGUGCUCAGGGAGCAGGAAAAGAACUGGCCAUGUUACGAGUGCAAUCGGCGUUUCAUGAGCUCGGAGCAGCUCCAGCAGCACCUCAACUCCCAUGAUGAGAAGCUGGACUUCUUCAGCAGAACCAGAGGCCGAGGUCGUGGGCGAGGAAAGAGGCGAUUCGGACCAGGCAGACGUCCUGGGCGCCCUCCCAAAUUUAUGCGCAUAGAAAUAACCAGUGAAAAUGGUGAAAAGUGUGAAGAAGGAACACAGGACUUGCUGCAUUUUUCCAGCAAGGGGCAGUUUGAUGAGGCCGGACAAGCCCCACUGAAUGGGCUGGAGCAGCAGGAACAGACUCCGGUGCCAACAGAGCCACAGGGAGCACUGGAGCAGCAGGAAAACCACGUGCUCCAUGUACAGCCACAGCACGAGGGGAACACGGUGUCCACACAGAGCUCCGUGACAGCAGAUGACAUGAGGCGAGCAAAGCGCAUCAGGCUGGAGCUGCAGAAUGCAGCUCUGCAGCACCUGUUCAUCCGGAAAUCCUUCCGCCCAUUCAAAUGCCUGCAGUGUGGGAAGGCCUUCAGGGAGAAGGACAAGCUGGACCAGCACUUGCGGUUCCAUGGGCGGGAAGGGAACUGCCCUUUGACCUGUGACAUCUGCAACAAGGGCUUCAUCAACAGCGGUGCCCUCGAGAGCCACAUGAAGUUCCACAUGGACCAGAAAACGUACUCCUGCAUUUUCUGCCCUGAGUCCUUUGACCGCUUGGAUCUCCUUAAGGAUCACGUGGCCAUCCAUGUCAAUGAUGGCUAUUUCACCUGCCCCACCUGCAAGAAACGCUUCCCAGAUUUUAUCCAGGUCAAGAAACAUGUGCGCAGUUUCCAUUCUGAGAAGAUUUACCAGUGUACAGAGUGUGACAAGGCUUUCUGCCGCCCCGACAAGCUGCGACUCCACAUGCUGCGGCACUCGGACCGCAAAGACUUCCUGUGCUCCACCUGUGGCAAGCAGUUUAAGAGGAAGGACAAGCUGCGAGAGCACAUGCAGAGGAUGCACAACCCAGAGAGGGAGGCCAAGAAGGCUGAUCGGAUCAGCCGCUCCAAAACCUUCAAGCCCCGGAUCGCAUCCACUGACUAUGAGAGCUUCAUGUUCAAGUGUCGCCUCUGCAUGAUGGGCUUCCGCCGCAGGGGCAUGUUGGUGAAUCAUUUAUCAAAGAGACAUCCAGAUAUGAAAAUAGAAGAGGUACCAGAGCUCACGUUGCCCAUCAUAAAACCCAACAGAGAUUACUUCUGUCAAUACUGCGAUAAGGUGUACAAGAGUGCCAGCAAACGCAAAGCACACAUCCUGAAAAACCAUCCUGGUGCUGAGCUACCUCCAAGCAUCCGGAAACUGCGUCCUGCAGGACCGGGAGAGCCAGAUCCUAUGCUAAGCACCCACACACAGCUGACGGGCACCAUUGCCACCCCUCCAGUGUGCUGCCCUCACUGUUCCAAGCAAUACAGCAGUAAGACAAAGAUGGUGCAGCACAUCCGCAAGAAGCACCCAGAGUUUGCUCAGCUCCCAAACACGAUCCAUGCACCACUGGCGACGGCCGUCAUCAGUUCCACGCCAGCUGUUCUCACCACUGACAGCACGACUGGAGAAACUGUCGUGACAACAGAUUUACUGACCCAAGCAAUGACAGAGAUAUCGCAGACACUCACUACAGAUUACCGGACUCCCCAGGGAGAUUACCAGCGCAUCCAGUACAUCCCUGUGUCUCAAUCCACAACUGGCUUGCAGCAGCCUCAGCACAUACAGCUGCAGGUUGUUCAAGUGGCCCAGGCUACCUCACCUCACCAGUCCCAGCACUCCACAGUGGAUGUUGGGCAGCUCCAUGACCCCCAGACAUACACCCAACAUGCCAUCCAGGUGCAGCACAUCCAGGUCACAGAGCCAUCACCAGCAGCUCAGUCAUCAUCACAGGCUGGGGGUCAGCCUUUGAGUCCCUCCUCACAACAACCUCAGCAGGAGCUCAGCCCCUCACAGAUACAGACAACUACAUCGACACCAAACCAAGCCCUCCAGCAGCAGCAAGGCUCCUCAGUCCAGCACACAUAUCUCCCCAGCAACUGGAACUCAUUUCGGAGCUACUCAUCAGAGAUUCAGAUGAUGACCAUCCCUCAAGGGCAGUAUGUGAUCACAGAGACUGCUGUGGGUACCCCAGUCACCACUGUCAACACAGGGCAAGUAAAAGCAGUUACUCAGACUCACUACGUGAUAUCUGAAGGUCAGCCUGAUCUGGAUGGUAAACAAAACUCUUCACUCUCCAGUGAGGUUCAGGUGGGCAUUUCCCAGCCCACAGCCCACACGGAUCCCUUGGAAUCCCAGACGACCACCCAGCAGCAAACCACCCAGUACAUCAUCACAACCACCACCAACGGGAGUGGCGGGAGUGAAGUGCACAUCUCCAAACGCAGGACUUUCUCAGCAGAGCAUGACUGAAAGAGCCUCAUGGUGCCAUUUGCUUGUCCUUGUCACCUCCCUGACAGCCCAGAUGUGGGGCUACCCUGGGGCUCUGUAUGUUUUAAUGUAUAUGCUCACUUACCUUCUACUAAAAUCUUGGAGCUCUU